GCCACCGACCGCGUCGGACGACUCUCUCUCUCCGUCCGGGGCUCCCGCGCUCGGACCCGCCGGUGUUCGCCGCCGUUCACCUCUUCGGCAUGUAAGACCCCUCGUUUACGCAGGCCCACGCAGGCCCUGCUCUUCUUUGUUUUUACGGGUGUCCGAGUUUUUCAUUAUUACAACAUUUUUGGCGCAUCCCGAGCAUGGGAAAAAAAAUUAUCCCGAGCAUGGGAUAAUUUUUUUUCCGCAUUUCGAACCCCCGCGCCCCCUGAGGCUUCGUUUCGCCGCUUUUCGUCGCGGCUCUACUCUUUUUAGCAUCGUUUUUGAGAGCGUCCGAGCGGUUGGUGGGUCGUACUCCGCGUCUAGACGGGACGUGCAUUUUUUUUUUAACAAGGAACGGCGCUUUUGUCCGCCUUUUUCAAGAUGGCGGCUGCGCAGGGUCGCGUUCCCGCCGAAUUUCUUCCCACGCCCGGCGAACCGUCAAUGCCGUGGCAGACUUGGAAGCGCGGCUUCCUCAAUCACCUCGAGGCGAUCGACGCCGAGGAUUUUCCGCCGAAGCGGAAGAGGGCUAUUUUGUUAUCUUUUUUAGGAAAGGAAGGAAAUCGCGUCGUAGAAGCGUUCAACCUAGCGGGUCCAGCCGUCAACGCGGCACAAGAUGAGUUUCAGGGUUUGUUGUCCGUUUUGGACACCCACUUCGCUUCCGCUCAAAACGUCGUAGUUGAGCGUAGAAAGUUCGCCAUGAGGGUCCAGGGUCCAGAAGAGACCGUCCUCGAGUAUCUUGGGGCGCUUAGACGCCUAGCAUCUUUCUGCGACUACGGAGAGUCGUUGGAGAGCCGCGUCGCGGAAAUGUUUAUUUCGGGGAUCCGUAGCGCGGAAGUCCAAGAUCGUUUAAUCAGAGAGUCCGACGGAACUAAGGCACCUAGCCUCGAGCGUGCUGUCCAGUUAGCGCAGCAGUUCGAGCGGACGUCUCGUGAUUGCGAUCACUUCCAACGCUUGUCGUUAGACGCAAGUCCGAACACGCCGCACGUGGUCGAUCGGAUUCAAGAUGGACGCGGUCGCGACCGAAAUGGUCAACAUGGCGGGCAGUCACCCCGCCACCGCGAAUCUUCUUCCCCGAGGCGUGAGCGUCUUCCUCCUCCCCCUUCCCCGUCAACACGCGAGCCAUCUCGCUCCUGUCGUCCGAGGCGCGAGCCUCCCCCUCCUUCGUCGGGAUGGAUGGAUGGAUGGAUGAAUACGGCUGAGCCCUUUGGAUCGGGCGGUAGCUUACGCCACCUAGCCAUUUUGUUUUACCAUUUUGUUUUACCAUUUAAGCUUAGAAUAUUUAAAUGUGAAAUCUAUAUUCACUCCGCAGUGCAAAGAAAGUGAGGCUAUGAAACCCCCUUGCCAUCAGUGAUUACGAAAAUACCUACGCGAGCUACGCCAACACCACCUAGAGGAGAAGGCCAGCACACGCCUCCGGUGACGUCACGGCAGCAGGCUGACGAGCGCCGCGCUAUAGAGCUGAGCUGAAGGCUUCGCGCGUAGCUUUGACGUCGUAGAAACGCGGGUUUUCGCACAAUUUAUUUUUUAUGAGCUAACGUGAGAGCUGUGAACGCCGAGUGAUAUAAAGAACCUAUUUUAGAACGCAGGAAAAUUCUUAUAACCUACAAUUAUUGUAGUCAAAUACAAGAAAGUGAUAUCUUGAGACAGAUGUGUUAUUUUUUUUAAGCGAUAAACUUGGUGGUGCAAUUAUCUCUGAACGACAUGGGACUUGUGUAGUAAAAAAGAAUUCCUAUGAAAUGACAAUAAUCGAAGUAGUAGGACCAGAUAAAAUUAACUAAAGUAACAACUGGAAAAAUGAUGCAGAGGCAUUCAUUUCAUUUCAUUUAUUCACCUCAAAGGCAUCCAAAGACGCAUUACAUCAGGGGAAAUUAAAAAAAAAAAAUAAGACAAAAUAGUAAUUGAACAUAAAAAAGACACCAACAAAA